AUGGCGGGUUCUACGACAGAGGUGGCGCAUUGGAAGAAGCGAUCAAUCUACAGAGUACCUUCCGCCGUUAUUGAACUAAAUAAGAAGGCCUAUAAGCCUGAUACAGCGUCUUUGGGUCCUUACCAUCAUGAAGAGGACCACUUAAAGGCAAUGGAAAAGCAUAAGCAUCUAGCACUUCUUCACUUUUUAAAACGAUCGGGAAAACCAAUCGAGGUCUACGUUAAUGCAUUAGCGGAAGUGGUGGAUGAUUUGAAUGAUGCAUAUGAUCAAUUGGAUUCCAAAUGGCGACUAGGAACUGAAGAAUUUUUGAAGUUGAUGAUCCUUGAUGGUUGUUUCAUUUUGGAAAUAAUGCACACUUGCACUUCGGCUUGGAAUGACUACGAUCCCAAUGAUCCCAUCUUCAGCGAUCAUGGAAAGCUUUACAUUGUGCCAUACCUCAAACGCGACAUGUUGAAGCUUGAAAAUCAGUUGCCUCUGCUGGUUCUUGAGAAGCUAGUUGAGGUCAAUAUUCGUAGCAUUUGUUUUAUUUAA